AUGGCAGCGUCGACUUCUCACAGACGGGGACCUUGGUCCAGCCAAGAAGACCACGUAUUGAUGUCACUGGUCAGAACGCACGGCGCUCUCAACUGGGUCCAGAUCUCACAGACGCUCGGCUCUCGUACCCCCAAGCAAUGCCGCGAACGUUAUCACCAGAACCUCAAGCCCUCCCUUAACCACGAUCCUAUCACACCGAAGGAAGGCGACAGAAUUGAGGAGUUGGUUGCCCAGCAUGGUAAGCGGUGGGCCGAGAUUGCCCGUCAGCUCAACGGCCGAAGUGACAAUGCCGUCAAGAACUGGUGGAACGGCAAUCAAAACCGCCGCAAGCGACUUGACCGCAGGCGUUCCGAGAUGUCUGAAGAUGGCCAUCAUCAAGGAGGCAGCCUACCUCAUCCACAGGUAGAUGGCCACCAUCAUCCACAGGUAGAUGGUCACCAUCAUCCGCAAGGAGAUGGCCUACAUCACCCCCAGGGAAUUCACCAUUAUCAUGAACGGCGAGCAUCUGGGGACAGCCCGAGCCCCGGAGGAUUCAUGUCAAAACCCUCGCUGUCAAGGCCUUCGCUUCCCCUCCCACCUCUGAGCACUUACUCCACUGGUCCCGGAUCAUCACGAGCCUUUUCCCACAGCCUCGAUCAUAUGCACGGCGCAGAUCUACCCCUGCCAUCGCCGUGCUCAUCAGAAUCUGCAGACUCAGAGUUCGGAUCCAACUACACAACAUCACCAGUUCGCACUUCCUUCUCGGCCCCCCAACCAGUAGAGCUCCCACCACUGCACGCACUGCCGCAGCAUAACCCUAUGAACAAUCACCCACUGCCAAGGAUUUCCAGUCUUGCUACGCCAACACCCGGAUCGUUCCAGCAAGGGCCACCGCCCUCCUAUGCGGGAGAGCCAUCUCCCAAACAGACUCUACCCCCACCGUCGUUCGUGCCUCACAGACAGCCAACGCUUCCUGGCCCUACGGUGUUGCAGUAUAGGCCUGGCCCACCGGCUCUCCACCACGAAAGAUUGCCACCACGAUGCAACUUGCCCACAGCCCCUAACUCUCCCGAGUCCUAUAUGCUGCCCAAGCCGCAGCCAAGCAAAGACUCCAGGAUGGACGUUGCUACAUUGUUGACUCCCACGCAGAGGCAGGGCCAACACUAA